AGUCCAUGAAGGCAGCAUUGCCUAGCAACAACGCAGUUUAGUUUCUCCGCUGGCUCUCAGCGUAAACUUUUAGCCAACUUUCUCUGACACUAUGCCCAAAAAGAAGGAUAAGAAAAGCGGCGACAAACAAGAUGAAGUCAAGAAAACAUCGAAAAAGGAGAGUUCCCCGACUCCCGCAGAUAAAACCGCUUCUGACGACAAAGAGAAGGCUUUAUACCCGACUCAAAUACGAUUUUUGAACGAGCAGUUGGAGAGAUAUCAGCUGAAAUGUGACCAACUAGAGAGGCAGAAGAAGGACUUAAACUCUCAGUACAGUGCACUGGAGAAGGAGAAGAAGGACAUUGUUGAGUAUCUGAAACGCUCCCUGCUGGAAAAGGAGGACGAGGUGGACGAGCUGAAAGAGCGCCUGGAGAGUCAGCGGCAGGCUGCCGAUAAGGAAAGAGACGCCCUGCAGCUGCAGCACAGUCGACUGAGGCAAGAGCUUCAAGACCGGAUCGAAAAACUCACCGCAGAAAACAUGACACUUGCGGCGAGGCUUGCUAGUCUAGAGGAGUUUCAGAAGCAGAAGGAGCAGCUGAUGUCCAACAUGGAGUCUCUGGAGAAGCAGCUGGCCAGUCAGAAGGAGGAACACAAGGCUGCCGUCCACAGCCUGGAGAUGAAAGCGCUGCUGGAAAACAAGAGGUUGGAGAAGGACAUGGAGAGCCACGUGGCGGUCAUGGCGGCAGAGGUGCAGCACCUGGUGGACCAGAAGGUCCCGGAGACGACCAGGUUGGCCCUUCAGGAGAACACAGAGGUUAAGGCUCUGUUCAGCCAGCUGUCAGAGCAGGCACGGGUCCUGAUGGGGGAGAACUCUGCCCUGCGAGACCGUAAGAGUCGGCUCAGUGUGGAUGUGGACAUCCUGGAGCAAAUGCUCAGCGAGAUGUCCCGCAAGAGCUGCAUCCGCAAGAAGGUGGUGGAGCAGCUUACAGAAAAGUGUCAGCAGCUGCAGGUGGAGCUGAAAGACUGUCGGCAAGAACUCAAGCAGCUUCAGACCGAACACACAGGAGUCCUGGCUGAGAUGGAGGCACUCAGACAGGACCAGGCCUCACUGUCUCAGCAGUGCGGUAAAAAAAGAGCGGAGGUGAGUCGGCUGGAGGCGGAGCUACAGGAGGAGAGGAGGAAGAGAAGCAGGAUGAAGAGCAUCAUGCAGGAAGCAGCCAUCACACUCAGACAAGCCCUGAUGGAGGCACCUACCGAGCAGGACUCGGAGGUGGAUUCUGUCCUCCAGUGGAAGCUGCUGAUGCAGAAGCUGCUGGUAGUCUUGGACAGACCCACACUCACCAACUCGACCGCUGAGAAAGACAAACUGAAUGAGCUGCAGAUCUCUGACCCUGCAGCAGCUAGAGCAGGGACCUUGAAUCCAGCUUUGAGUUUCCAGUUCGAGCUGGCCCGCUACAGGCCGGGCGAUCUCGGCCUUGUACCCCGUCCCACACUGAAACACAAACACAUACUGUCUAGGAUGGGAGCUGGGUCCAGCAGCACCCACGUGCCUCUCCACAGGAAGCCGUCCAGUCAGAAAACAGCUGGCUCCGUUAACCUGAGUGACUCAGCUGUCAGAUUUUUGACCUCCAGAAACUCGUUCACUAAACCCAAAUAACAGUAACUAAACUCGCUUCCUACUCAUGUUGGUGAAAACCCUUCAGAUCUCCAAUCUGUUGAUAUGUUGCCUGUUAACUUCAUUUACCUUCUGUCCUGUCCAUAUUUAUUUUGUGCUAUAAGUGAGCCGAUGUAACUUUGUGGCCACAAGUUACAAAUAAUGAUAAACACCAAAAAUUAACUGUAGCAGUAAGGCACAAGUAGAGUGAACUGACUCAGUUUGUCUAUUAUACAGCAAAAUCUAUGUAAAGUUUGCUAACAUCUGGUAACAUUAGCCACUGAAGCUACUGGUCACACCAGACCGAGUAAGGAUGUAAGCUAUGAAUUCAACUUUUCAUUAAUCAGAGAAUUAAUGUGCUAUGUCUUCAUUCAAAAAGUCACAUUGUCUCACUUAAAGGCGGAGGUGGAAGAAGUACUCCAAUCUUUUACUUAAGUAAAAGUAGUAAACCACAGUGUAGAAAUACUCUGUUACGAGUAAAAGUCCUGCAUUCAAAAUUUUACUUAAGUACAAAAGGUAUUAGCAUCAGUAUAUACUUAAAGUACCAAAAGUAAAAGUACUCAUUACGCAGAAUGGCCUAUUUCAGAACAUUUUUUUAAUUAUUGGAGUAUAAUUUAAUUACUUUAUAUACUUUAUCAGCUGGGUAGCUGUGAAUUUCCCCCGGGAUCAAUAAAUUUUUAUCUUAACCUACAAUAACGCAUAAUUUAUUACAUUUAUUUUGUAUUAUUAAUCGAAUCUGCAAAGUAACCAGUAACUAAAGUUGUGCCAAAACACUGACUUAUACUGAUUUAUGAAUAAAAUCUCAACCUACUGCAAACCGCAAAUUUUUUAUAAUAGAUGCUUUUAUCUUCAAGUCUUCAUUAAAAGUAAAUUUUACUAUUAAGUACUAAGGAAGCGAUUUUAUCUUUGCCUUUUGAAUUUACAAAGAUGAAAUUAUUGAUGUUUCAGAUCAUUCUGCUUCGAUUUAUAUUAUUUAGCCUGUUUUUUUGCUUUUGCUUCACAUUUGUGGCAUUUUUCUUUUCUUUUUCUUGACACCUGUAUGUUAUGUCUCUGGGUGAAAUGCUACGUUUUGUUAUGUUUUUGAUCGACAUUGUUUCUGAUCAACAUUUAAGAUGUAUAUACACCUGUGAGCAUGUUUUCAUUUAAUGCUGUGUUGUAGUCUAAAAACAGUGCGUCUCCAAUCACCUAAGGUGUGUUUAAUGUUAAUUGAUGACCCCCUCCUCCUGUGAAAGACCAUAUGAUCUGUAUAUCUGGCCGGGUGUCUCAUGCUCUGAGGACGGUCUUUGUGACCGAAAGCUAAUUUGGUGUGAAUGAGAUUUAAGUGUGCGGCUGUUUUGAUCUUUUUUUGCAUCCAGCACCUUUUUGUUCUGUGGUAGUUUUUUUAGAACAUUUUGCUAAAUGUUGGACAUUAACAUUUUGUCUUAAAAAAAUAAAAUUUUUGUAGAGAAAAAAAAAA